GGUACGCUCCAUGUUGGAGCGCAUUGACCGGCAGACAAUCCUCAUCAGUACCAAGCCAGAGCCCCCGGAGCUUCCGACAGACCGGCCUUUCGUUUCUCCCACAACAACACAAAGCGAGCAGCAGCGAGCCUCCUCCAGCCUCUCUCCGUCCCGAAAUGAAACAGACUCUGAGCGAACUGAUGAGGAUGAACAGGAUAUGCCGGAUGGUUUUUGCCACCUGUUUGGGAUCCUUUAUUCUGGUCAUCUUUUAUUUCCAAAGUAUGUUCCAACCAGUCAUGCGGAGGAAUCCCUUCGUGGUGGACGGCUGCUGUAGGAAAGGGUCCCGCAACGCCCUGCAGGAGCUCUAUAACCCCACACAGUCGGAGUUGUCCGGGGCAGCCGUCCUCCACCAGGCCAGGAGGGAUCAGGUAGUAGAUUCCUGUCGGGUCUACAGUGCAUCCAGCCAUAAGCGCAAAGUCCUGACACCCGGAGACCUCAAACACCUUGUUGUGGAUGAGGAUCAUGAGCUUAUCUACUGCUAUGUCCCCAAGGUGGCCUGUACCAACUGGAAACGUGUCAUGAUGGUGCUCACAGGACGGGGCAAAUACAGUGACCCAAUGGAAAUACCUUCCAAUGAAGCCCACAUUCCCUCCAAUUUGAAGACGUUGAACCAGUACAGUAUUGCUGAGAUCAACCACCGCCUCAAGAACUACCUCAAGUUCCUCUUUGUUCGUGAGCCUUUUGAGAGGCUGGUCUCCGCAUACCGCAACAAGUUCACCCUAAAGUACAACUCAUCCUUUCACAAGCGGUUUGGCACCCGUAUCAUCCGGCGCUACCGCAAGAAUGCCACCCAGGACGCCCUGCUCAACGGGGCUGAUGUCAAAUUCAAAGAAUUUGCUGAGUACCUGGUGGAUCCGGCCACGCAACGUGAUGGCCCACUCAACGAGCACUGGCAGACCGUCUACCAGCUUUGUCAUCCAUGUCACAUCCACUAUGACCUGGUGGGCAAGUACGAGACACUGGAAGAUGACGCAAAUUACGUGUUGAGGCUGGUGGGUGUUGGCGACUCCUUGCGCUUCCCGAGCUACGCCAAGUCCACUCGUACCACAGAUGCCAUGACAGCCCAGUUCUUCAGCAAUAUCAGCACUCAGCAGCAGAUCCAACUCUACCAACUUUACAAGUUGGACUUCCUCAUGUUCAACUACUCCACACCCAGCUACCUCCGGCUGGACUAAUGGAGGACAGAGCUGGAACUCUGAGAAUGGCUUCCUUCAUUAGAGAGAGGCAACAAAAUGAGUGAAGGGUGGAAUUUUUUGGAAGCAAACUUGAUUUUAAAAAAAACUGUCAUACGCAGGUGUGGGGUCUGAAUUAGACAGAAACAGGUGCUGAAAGAAAGAAAGGUAAUGCGUGCUUCGCUGGGCAUAAGGUGAAUGAUGUCCAGUCAUCUCUGUGUGAUACAGGGAAAGCUGAUUGGAUGAGAACGUGGGCUAAAUGAACCAAACGCAUGCAAAGACUAAAAUGUGUGGGUGAAGCAGGUCUUCAAGGUGUUUUAAAAGGGGAACUUAUCCUCAGAGGACGGACUUGAAGAGGGAUUCUGAUGAUGUUCCCUAUGUGUUUAAACAAACUGCUGACAAAUUAGGCUGCUUCAGAUUCUACAAAGCAAACAGCGGCCUCGCACGCGCCCUGACCCCAAUGCAUCGUGGGAGCUAAGCUUAUCUCCUCCUCCCCCUGAAUGGUAGAGAAACUCCGUCAAAUUGUAAAACACAAUUCAUCUCCUUUGCUGUGCUAUCACCGUAGUGUGUUAGCACCCAUCACCCUUGCCCUCAUCAGAUUUAUACAUUUCAGAGGGAAACUGGCUCAUCACCGACUUAAGGACGCCCUGUAAUAGAUGGCUACUGGCUACUGACUUCACUCCCAAGACCUCUACAACUGUAACUGUGGCAACACGGCCCUCAGCCAACAGUUGUAACUAAACAAGUUGUCACUGGUCUCUAUUAUUAUGAUGUUGGCAGAAGGGACCUUGUGUGUUACAACCUGAGAACCCUGUGAAAACAGAAAGUCUUGUUGCAAGCAGUAAAGUGUGGUAGAGCUUAAUAAAUCAUUGCUUGAAACACCAAGCAUCAACACGCUACAGGAUGUGGUUAGAAAGGCACACGAUGCUCCCACCUGAGUGGGUGCAGCAGCUGUGAGUGACAAGUUUAACCUGAAAGGAGAGAGACAGCCUGUGUGGUUGUGAAAGCACUGGAUCUCAUAACCCCGCUCUGCCGUGCCCCAUCAUGCCCGAACAGGGGCUCAGAGGACAUAACCAGGGCAUAGAGCCCCUACUUCACGACCAAACGUGUUUCAGUAAAUUAAGAUUAUCCUUCUUGCUUAUUUUUGUUUUUACUGUCUUAUGAAGCAUUGCUGCGAGCAGCAAUAACAAAAGAUUAUUUAAUUUGCUUUGUUGAUUAAAGAGAGAAAGAUGUUUUGGGUUUUUUUUUUCUUCCUGGGCUGAUGUACAUUUUAGGAAAUUUCAAAAGUUGAACUAUUGUUAAGAGUUUUGUUUUGUCAUGUUGAUUUAUCCUUCACAACCUGCAUCCGAUACAUUAUUAAUGCAUCACAGCAUUUUAAUUUAUAAAUGGUGUACGGUACAUUUCAGCCCAUGGCUUUGUCCUUCUGUGUCUGAGAUCAUCAGAUAUUUAUGGGUUCUUUUUCCAUUUCCUGUUAAACAUUUGGUGCCAAAAUAGCUGUGAGAGACUCGGAGAUCUACGCCUGGUGUUUGGUACACAUCAUUUUUCAAUGUUUUUUUUAUUUUUUUAAUGCAUUUCUUCGUUGCACUUGAUUCUCAUGCAUUUGAGCUACUUCAAUAAUGACCAUUUGUUUUUUUAAACCCCGACCUUUUGGAAGUUUAAUAAUAAACUACUUGGAACACCACCGCAAAGUAAUUUUGGAAAACAUACAGCUUUGCAAUGCAAGAGUAAUAGUCAGGUGUACUGUACCUUACUUGAUAGCUCAUACUGUAAUUCCAGGUCCACUUCAACAUAAGGUUGUGUCUAGUGACCCCAUGUUAGCAUAACUGAUAGGUGUGCCAAAAGUUUUUAAAUUAUAGUUAUAAAUACAUAUUUCCUCCAGGACAAAUUCUGGUGGAUGUUUUAGCUGUAAACCUCUUCUUGUAGUUUUAUUAAUAUUAUUAUUACUGUACAUGUGUGCACAUGCCUGUGUGUAUGGGUUGUAAUGAGAGAACAGCGUCAUUCUUUUUUCAUCCCCAUGUAGACAUUUUGCUCUAAUAAAGGAGAAAAGCUACUGGCCUGGCCUGAAGCCUGGCUGUCCUCCUGCAGAAACAAUGGCUGUAUUCUCAGCACAGUCUCCUGCUGGGACAGGCACACAAAUAUACACACACACACACGGCUUGCACAUUAGCACUCCUGCUGACGUUGAUGCCACGCAUCAUCUUACUCAGCAGCUGAAAGCACCUCUCCACUUUAACACACUGACUGGGCCUCAGCUUAAACUGCUCAUUUAACCUCCAGAAUGGAAGACGGACAUUACACAAAGGACCCCUUAGCCUGCAAACAAGCCAUUUACAGACGCCUCUCUUCUCCAGGCUCUAUUUUCUCCUCUCCCACCUCACUCCAAAAGUGGCCUCCUGCAUAGAAAAAAAAACAAAAACAGAAGCAAGUCAGUGGCAAUGAUCCCUGCCGUCCCUGCAGGAAAAGGGCAGCCAGCUUAAGCAAACAGAGCUGGUAAAAAAAUCCCUGAGCAGUGAGAGGCCCCAGCCUUGGACAAAAACAAGCAACCACAUUUUGAGUACUUUUGUCCCUAUUCUUAACUCCCCAGUCUACAUAAAUCCAGGACUGUUCACUGCCCAGUGUUUACUCCUACUCCUGUAUGAGAGUUUAUAAUUUAAGUCAAGCCAACAGGUAUAUUUAUGUUGUUUUCGGACGAUGUCUAUUGUUAGACUGAAUUACAUAUUUGCUGUUUUUCUGAGGAGAAGUGGGUGAUGUGAUUUGUGCUUAUAUCUUUAUUUUGUUAUUUAUGCACAUUUGUAUAUAUAUAUAACGCGUAGUGCAAAUAUCAUUACCAAUCAAAGAGAGUAAGUUCAACAAUUUGGGAAAUAGACACCUGGUAAGUUUGGUGAGAAGUUUAAUACUGCUGUCAUAAAAAUAUGGCGCUGCAGCCUAAAGCUGGUUGGCUUAGCUUAAUUAUGAAGACUGGAAACACAGAAAGCAAGCACGGGAAGCAAGUUGUACUUAGGCACAGCAAACUUGAUAUCAUCAGCAUGCUAACAAGCUCACGAAGCAUUAAAUCGCUGAUGUGGAGCGGGAUAAAUGUUCACCAUCCUGAAUAAGUGUGUUAGCAUGCUGAUCUUUGUUAAUAUAAUUCAUCCUGUGGGGAGCAACUAUAGCAACAUUUUAUGACAUUCAGUCGAUAUUUGUUGAGUUACUUCGGUCUAGAACAAGGUGGUGGGUUAAUUGACACUGUCACCUAAAAAAAGAUCUGUCCCCCAGCACAUCUUGAGUUCACUAAUUGACAUGUUAUACUCUCCACAAUCUUUAUAUUGAGCAGACAUAUGAUAUUACUCUUCUCAUCCAAACAAAUCAAGUCAAAAUCAAAUAGAUGUAUUUUGGUUCCUUUUUGGCACCAAUUAUGAAAAUAUAUUUUACCAAAACUAUUAUAACAUCAUCAGCACAGAGGGACAAAGCCCGGAUCAGUCUCUCUCAUUCUCUGCCUGUUUCAUCUCUCACAUAUCUACAGUCCCAGUGCGGGAUGUUUUUGUACAAUGUAGACAUGAUGUCAUUCAUACUGCUGUUGAUUUUGAACUGUCAUGUUUGGAUCGAUUCAUUACUCUCGGCUGCCUCACACACAUAUAUGUGCGCGCACCCACACACACGCAUACACGCACACACACACACUGUUUGUGCGGUACUUUUGUUUCUCUGUGCCUUUCAUUCACAGCAACACAGAGCUACUGCAAGAUUCUGCUUUCUCUCUGUGGUCACCUGGGCCUUCAUCUAAACUGACACACACACACACACACACACACACUCGUACACCUACAGUACAGGUAAGCAUGUCCAACAGGGGACCUGAAAAAUGUCCUCUUUUGGCAUCCAGUCCCCUGUUGAAUGUGUAAGAAUGCCAAAGUCCACAUUUAGAUAGGUACGCAAGUGUACACACACAGACACAUAGGCUACACACACACAUACUGAGUUACUAUUUGUUCCUUUUCUGAGUGUUCAACAAAAAAUCCCCAUGCUCGGCUGUUAUAAGUUAUCAGUAUAAUUAUGAAAUGAUUGGGACCUCGGGUGAAAAGAUUGUGUGAGGAAACAAACAUCAGUGUACACUCUGCAACAGCAGCAAAAACACAAAAUGGAACACAUGCAGUAACACCAUUGUGGAUGUGUUAUUUUACCUGGAGAGAACUCCAUUCACACAUUCAUCCCCCUACAUACUGACUGCGAUAUCACACAGUGAAGAACCUGCUGAGGCCCAUGUGACUGCACUGGCAUACAACAGAGAGCUUUCAGUUCAUAUUCACGAGUAUAUGUGGACACAUCUGAAUUGUUUUUUUUCUUUUUGUCUUUGUUCUUUGUUCUCAAACAUGGAAAAAAAACAGACUGUAGAUUCUUGAUUUGAUUCUCGUGUAAUCAGCUUUUGAGAUUCUUGACCUGCAGCCCAUUGAUCGUCUUUGCACUUGCUCUGUAAACAACAAUUCACGUUCUCACAGAAGUCGUGUAAAGAAGCCUGCCUAAAUGAUUUCCUUUAUUAAAACGUAGGCCUUUGGCAGUCACAUGUAACAGUUAUGAUAACACUGUACGUCCCCAAAGCAACUGCUGAGAUCACUGCCAUGCCACCAAUAAACCAUUGUCAUUGUACAAAGAAGCUAUGGUGAAACUAUGGUGAGCACUGUAGUUGAACUAAAAAGUUGGUCUGUAAUAGUUUAAAACUUAAAGCUUUGUAGACAAAGAGAGUAAAGAAUUUUUACUGGUAUUUUUGUCAUCUAUGUGUAAAGUUAACAAGCUGAAUUGAUGGUUUGAUGGCUGCUCAAAGUGUAGCCAAUGGGCUAAAGUUUCAAAUAGUAUAUGUACAGACUGUACAGCACCUUUUCGGUCUGUAUACACUGAUGGCAGAGGCUGCCAUGCAAGGUAACAACUGGUCAUCAGAAAACCACUAAUCACAUUCACACAGCCUAGUCGACCUGUACAGCUGUGUCACUGUCAUGUAUACCUGUCACCAUUUUUUCAGUCAUUAUUCUCCAUCUGAUCAGUGGACAGUCUGCUCCACCUCCUGAGCUACAGCUGUCCUGUCAUAAGGUUUGAUUUGGCCCGCCAGAUGUUGCCAGCACGAAAUAAUAAUAAUAAUAAUAAUUAAAAUUAACAAAUUAAUUUCAGAUCCUAAUCCUAAUUAAAUUGCUGUUUAUGCUGUUUAUUUUUUGUGAGGUAAAAUCCUCUUUAAAUAUGUACAAUCUCUAAUUAUUAACAUUGGACUGACAGACACAUUAGGAUGUUGCUUUUGGCUUGUGGCCCGUCACAAAGUGUCAGUGUUGGCCUCCUCAUCUAGUUAAACUGUCAGUUUGUUUUGGGUGUUCGUUUCCCCCAUCAGAUUUUGUUAUAGCCAUGUCGGCAUGUCAGCAGGUCUUAGCAAUUACUUUUAUGAGUAGAGUGUCAUCAUAACGGAAAAAUCAAAAGUCCUUUGAUUAUGUGUUCCAAGUUGUAAUAUGGUGAAACAGUCUUUGACGUGAUCUCCUGCCCUUUUCAAAAGAGUUUUUUGUUGUUUACAGAACAAAUGUGAUGAACGUGCUCAGUGGAAGACAUUUUCUUUUUUGUUAAAUGUGUGUAGGCGGAGGUGGGCGGAAGGCUUAUCACAUUCUAACAGCAUUUGUCCAAAUGUGUCCACAUUAGCGUGACUGUUGGCUCAGUGGGCCUGUCAGGAUUCAUGUGUCUCUGUGUUGCCCUUACAUCUUGCAUGUCCUCCUUCAGUGAGCAGAGGUCACACACCUUCUGGUCUCCUGAGUGUUUUCCAGCAGCUUCAUUUUCUGCCAGAUGGUGUGGAUGCUGUGCUGCAACCUGUGCAGUAAUGUGUGACCCUUUGAGGAAUGAGUCCAAAAUCAACCGUGUCUGUUACUGAAUUUAUACCAUGUUAUAUGUACAUGUGUAUCGGACUGCCUCAUGCGCUGUGACUGAGUGUGUGUGUCUUUGUGUGUGUGUGUGUGAGUGUGUGCGUGUGUUCUGUACCCACUCUGCCUUAUUAGAGGGAACGUCUCAGAGGAAGGCGAGACUCUCAUCCAAAUAGGCGCCACUUAUUUAUUUAUUUAUUCUCAGACAACUACCCAUACUUCUUCCUCGCUAUUACCAUGGCAACACGUCUAAACUCUCUGUAUCUUUCUUUUCCUCUCGGGACAGCCUCUCGUUGUUUUGCUUUCAGGCAUACUCAAAUGUGAGUGUGGGAGAGCGGUGUCGAUCCUCCAGCAGCACAACCUGCGGUUCAUCUGUCUGAUGUUUUCACAAUAAAAUGACACUGAAACUCUCAGCACCUCCCACUGCUUAUGCUUAUGUCCACGCAGCACUUGAACACACCAUACAGAACAAAAAUAAAUAAAGCCAUGAGUUUAUCUCAAUUUUCAUAAUUGCCUAUAUAUUU